UGCAGGAGAGAGAGAGAGAGCAUACGUCCGCGAAGUUCAGGUGUUUGUUUGUUCACUGCAUUUGGGUGAUGAAUGUUAUAUAAACGGUGGAUAUAACGCUGGAUUUGGAGAUUGUUUGAAACUGAUAUAUGGAGCCGUCCCAGCGCUAAAAGAUGCCGGACAUGAACCGCAUGCGGAGAUUGUGGGUGACGGGCUGUGCUUCCGGGUGUGCCGCGAGGAGACGUGAUGAUGUGGCAGGCGUGACCAACCGGAUGAGUGUGUCGACUAGGAAGACUUGGAAGCUUCGGUAGACACUCGGCCGGUGACAAGCUGCCGGUGCGGGUGAUUGAGGUGAGAGCCUGGCGAUUCCAUGACAGUAGUCGCAUACAAGAGCUGUGUUUCCGCAAAACACUCGUCACACACCUUUAACCAGCAGAUUAUAAGGACAAAGUUGCUAGGAUGUGGCCGUUUACAUAUUUCCGUCAACCAGUUCCUCCUCCACCACCUCCAGCAGAGUUUGACAGGCCCUGGAGGACAGUAAACUGGAGUCAACCUGUGCAAGACCUGUUGAUAAAAGUAAAUGAUUUCCAGCCUGGAAACUCAGAAGUCGACACUCUCAGAAUUCUUCUGCAUGGACCCGUAGGGGCUGGGAAGUCCAGUUUCAUCAACUCUGUGGAUACUGCUCUUCAAGGCCACAUUACUAACAGAGUCCCGACAGAUGCAAUAAGUGGGAAAAGUUUCACUUUGGAGUGUAAAACCUACAACCUAACGAAGUGCACAACUGGCUUUUACCCUUUCACAUUUACUGACAUAAUGGGUAUUCAAGCUACAGAAGGGAUACAGACCGAUGACAUCAUCAAAAUAUUACACGGACACAUCAAGAAUGAUUAUGUUUUUAACCCAGUUAGACCAAUUACAAAAGAAGACUCAAAGUACGACAAACAUUCUAGUCUGAAGGACAAGAUUCACUGUCUGGUGUCUGUUUUUCCUGCAAACCAAAUUUCAUCAAUCCCAGAAGAUGUCUUAAGAAAAAUGAGAGAGGUUCGAGAGAAAGCACGAGACAUGGGCAUUCCUCAAGUCAUCAUUAUGACUAAGGUGGAUGAAAUAUGUCCACUGGUAAAAGAAAAUCUAGAGAAGGUCUACACAAGCAAGAAAAUAAAAGAGAAGGUGAAGGAAUGUUCAGUCAGACUUGGAAUAACUGAGAGCUACAUCUACCCUGUGAAAAACUAUCAUGAGGAGGAUGCCACCGUCACAAAAAUAGAUAUUCUGAUUUUAAAGGCAUUACUAAAUAUUGUAAACUUUGCUAAUGCCUAUGUGGAGGACCACAAAUGAAUGCAAAUGAGAAAACAAUACAAUCAAUUUGUCCUAAGAUAUAGAAGGCUUCAUAAUGUGAUUGUUAUUAAAAGACAUUUAUUUCUUUGUCAUAACACCCAUUAUAUUAUUAUUAUAUUAUGUAUUAUUAUAUUCACCACCUCUCAUGUAAUAUUCUUCAAAAAGACUGGCAGUUAAUGUAUUAAUUCAUGCAUAGGCCUAUAUACAGCAUAACCUAAAGUUUAAAAAUCCAUUUUCUUACAAUGUGCAACACGAUUUUGUAAAUAUUUAAAUACUAAUUGCAAUAAAUAUGAUCAU